CGAUGGGAAGCCACUUCCGGCAAUUUUAGCGCUUGCGCAGAUAAGACUGCCCGGACCAUUUACUUUAACACCUGGCGUUUCUCUUCGGAGAACGGUCGCUAAGCCGGAAGGGAAUGGCGGCGGCCGCUCUGAAGAGACUUUGGUCGCGAAGCCGCGGACAGGUGGAGGACGCGGCGGCCUCUAAGCCAGGCGCGUGGGCGCGGUUGGGCGUCUGGGCCCGCGCGCUGCUCCGGGACUACGCCGAGGCCUGCGGGGACGCGGCAGCGGCUGCGCGGGCCCGGCCAGUAAGGGCGGCCGUGUACGUGGGGUUGCUGGGCGGUGCGGCGGCCUGCUGCGCAUUGGCGCCCAGCGAGGCAUCCUUCGAGGAGGCGCUGCUGGAUGCGUCGGGGACCCUUCUGCUCCUGGCGCCGGCCACGCGCAAUCGCGACUCAGAAGCGUACGUGCAGCGGCUGCUCUGGCUGCGGGGCCGCGGUUGCCUGCGCCACGUGAACCUGGGCCUCUGUUCGCUGGUGUAUGAAGCGCCCUACGACGCCCAGGCCAGUCUCUACCAGGCCCGCUGCCGCUACCUGCAACCCCGCUGGGACGAGUUCCCGGACCGGAUCCUGGACGUGGGCUUCGUGGGCCGCUGGUGGGUGCUGGGGGCUCGGAUGCGCGACAGCGACAUCAACGACGACGAGUUCCUCCACCUGCCGGCACAUUUGCGCGUCGUCGGGCCCCAUCAGCUGCACUCGGAGGCCAACGAGCGGCUCUUUGACGAGAAAUACCUGCCUGUCGUGCUCACCAACGAUCAGGUGGACCAGGCGCUGUGGGAGGAGCAGGUGUUGCAGAAGGAGAAGAAGGACAAGCUGGCCCUGAGCCAGGUCGACUUGCUUAUGCAGUCGGAGGGCCCAAGAUGAAACACAGUGAGGGCAAGGUCCCAACGCAGCUACGAGCCCUGGCAGACUUUUUGCCCGGAUUAUGCAGUUGGUGUGAGUGAGCCUCAAGUGCAGAGUGACUGAAUAACAUGCAGAGUGUUCCCCCGCUGGGUUUUCAUAUAAUUAGGGGGUCUUUUUUUCCUUUCACAUCGUUCCUUGUUAGCUGAAGCUAAUUCAGAGCCUUCUUGGUCUAGGAGUUGGGAGAGCAGAGCGACCAUAUGUUUAUCACUGCCAGAAUUUGUAAUGAGCCUUACACAUAAGUAAGCCUAUUUCAUUUGGCCUCACAGUCCCCUGGAGGUAUAGUAUAUCUCUCAGGCCUUUCAGAUUAUUGUUUUAAAUUUUUAGCUGUGAUGUUUAUACUCUCAUGUUCAUGAGUAACUUUUUUUUUUAAUUUAAUGUUGAAAUAAUUAUAGUCCCAUAGGAAACCGGAAAAUAAUACGGAGACAUCCUGUUUCCCCUUUGCCCAGCUUCCCCCAAAUGGUAACAUUUUACAUAAGCAAUACCAAACUAGAGAUUGACAUUGUAGGACUGUUUGGAUUUUACAGGGAAACUUUUUGCAAAAACAAGCUGCUUUUUACCAUUUGCGAAUUGAUAGUGAUAUUAAAGAAACUUGGAAGGAUAAAA